AUGUUAUCAGUCUUCAACUCAAAGACCCUGCGCUCUAUGCGCUCAGUUGUUGCUGCCAUUAUGUGCCUAGCACUCUUUUAUUCUUUUUAUACCGGUUGGAACCCAAUACAUAUAUCAUUACCCAAUCCCAAAACCUCCUUCAAGCCGGUUGGGACUGGUAAUAUAGAUUCAAUCUCACACGCUCCAGCCAGCGAUGAUUUAUCCGGCACCAGAACCUCAAUUCACAACAUUCCAGACAAAGUGUGGCAUUCCGCCAAGAAUUAUAAUUUAUCAGAACAACAGCGGAAAUGGGUUAAUAGCUGGACAGACAUAGAUCGCUAUUCUCGUCAGGAGCUGUUAACUGACUACUCAAGCGAAACAUUUGUUCGAACAUAUUACCAUCAGACACGACCAGACAUUGUCGAGGUCUACGAAUCCCUGUCAAUACCUAUUCUAAGAGCAGAUCUUCUUCGUUACUUGAUUAUCCUUGCUGAAGGCGGGUACUGGAGCGACUUAGAUGUCACACUCGAAAAAUCAGUCGCUGAAUGGGUGCCUUUACAAUAUAAGGAUCAGAAUAUCGAUAUGAUUGUGGGGUUGGAAUUCGACCUUUCAUACCGCGGGCCAGGGACCGAGGUUGCAUCCCAAUUUUGUAAUUGGGUAUUCGCAGCGCAACCAUCCUCGCGCAAUCUCCAAGUGAUCGUUGACUCUGUGAUCAACACAUUAAAGGGCAUUUCCAAUACCAACAGUGUUCCUAUAUCGGGAAUCACUUUAGAAAUGUUGUCAGACGUUGUGAAUGUGACCGGUCCUAAGAUAAUGACCAUAGCUAUCCUAGAGAGUCUCGGAAAGCUAUUAGGCAGAACAGUCGAUGACCGAGAUUUUUCAGGCAUCAAAUACCCAAAGUUAGUUGGUGAUGUUCUGAUAAUGCCAGGAGUUUCCUUCGCUGCUCGUCAAAACGGAUAUCCAACGGACCAGGGAGAGGCUCUUGUGACACAUCAUUAUGAAGGUUCAUGGAAGAAGGCGGACGCAGAAGCGAAAGAAAAGAAAAAGCAAAAAGGACAAGAACAAUAA